UAAGCUGGUUACGCUGAACUGUCUAUAUUGACGUCGAUUUAAAAAUGUUAACGGAAAAUACUGAAACUGUUACCGAAAACUAGCUUGCAAAAAUAUGCCCGUUUUGAAAAAUAGAUAAUGUGUGAUUCGGUUAAGUUAGGGCGUUAAAAUAUUUUUUGAAAAAAAUCAGUCCUCUGAUUCUGAAGUUUAUUGUAAGCAUCAUUGGACGAAAAUGAAGAACACCAAACGAGUUUUUUUUAAUGAAAUAAAAUCGCGUCAACGGGGCCUGGUACAUUUUAUGCGUUUAAUAUCAAGGCGAACCUUUUUCAUGAUAGUAGUUCGUAAUCUAGGUUACGAACGUCAAAACUUUUAUAAUCUAUACCUUGGGGCAAGAUUAACGCUGCAUCAAACACUUUAUUACAAAUAUAAUUCUCGGUAUACAAUGUAUAUUUAAUGUAGUUCGAAUAUUCGUCACAAGUUAUUUAUCUUCCUUGACAAACAAAUUCUCAUUCUUUACAUCUCCGAUGUCGAAAACUUUCUCACUUUCUAAAAAGGUAGCUGUGCAAGAAUAUAGCUCGCGAUCUGAAGAAUGCAUUUGCGGUUCAUUAAAUUAAAUGUAGAGAAGGCGGAGAAAGAGAGAGAGAUCUGGAUCAGUGUAACAAACUGCAUGCAAGAGAACAGUUGUGGGCUACAGGCAUACAAUAUAUCACGGUCGCGUAUGUAGCGAGGUUUAAAUAGUUUUGAGUUGUAUUUUUAUCUUGAUUAUUCGCAAGUGCUAUUGGAAACUGUCAAGGUCAACUAUAUCGUAUAAGAUAUAUAUGUGUUUUGUAUAGUAGGUAUAUAUCGUAAGGUGGGGCAAGUUAGGACACCUGUAACACAUGAUUUCUAAAUACCCUGGACGUGUUUUAAAUAAUUAACAAGGGUCUAUGAAAGUCGAGAAGAUACGGUUUUAUAAUUCGUUAAAUGUUCUUUGUUUACUACCAAAUGGAACGAGAAAAUAGAAUGAAAAGAUAACCCAUCUUGCCCCACACUACUACUACACACACACACACAUAUAUAUAUAUAUAAAUAACUCUAAACAACAAGUUUAUAUUAGGCACAGACAAUUUUGUUUAUUUCCUAGUUAAGGUAAAUACUUUUCUGCACGGGCUAACAAUGGAUUUUAAGUGAUUGUCCCAACUAACUUACUCGUACUUGUUGCGCAACAGUAUAACUGAGGGUCACGCGUAAUUAUACUUAGUUUAGCAAACCAGCUUCAAUUUUUAUCGAUUUUGUUAGGACUGUCUGAGAAAUCUUUUUUUAUCCAUUUGUAGAAAACAUAUUUUUUGUACACCAUACAAGGUAAGUAUGGAUAAAGUUGACGCAACUUUAAUGGGAAGCGCAAUUGGCUCAACCAUAGCUCUUAUUCUUAUUGCGUCAUAUCUUUUUAUUUGUUCACUGAGUAGAGCGAACCAUUGGAUACAUCUUAUUCGGAAAGGAAACUCAUCGAAGAAAGCAACUACAGCUGCAACGAAUGUCAUCGAAACACGCCCACUUAACUCCGGCAAGACAAACAGUUCUCGGGCACACGUCAUACUCUACACCAUAUGUUCCUUUCUUAUAUCUGUAAUUGUGUUGAGAGCUUUUCUCUACGUCGUUCUUAUGAUCUUGGGAACUAAAGCUGGCGAGUUGGCGUGCGACCUUAUACUUGAAACCGCUACUUUAUUAUCGGGAUUGGGACUCGUGUUCGUGUAUGCAUUUGUGUGGAGGUGCCAGCGAUAUUUUUAUUUCUUGAAGGAAUUUCAUCGCUUUUAUACAAAACCAAUCCGAAUGAUCAGUUGGUGCAUAGCGUUUAUUAUGACGAUCACAGCUAUGACACGACUUAUGCUGUAUAUGAUGGGUUGGAAGUAUGGAGCUCAAUCCUCACCAAGUGCAUACGGUUGCCGGAUGCUUGCGUUUAAUGAAAACGGAACUUAUGUGUCAUACAUGGAGCGAAACUUGUUGCUUAUGUACAACACUGUUAUGGGAUCUGUGAUCAGUGUUCUUGGGUUUGGACUUUAUUUCAAUCUAUGGUUUCGCAGUAAUCGAACAGAAUUGACAGGCGCAUCGGGCAUUGCGGUUUCCUGCCUUCUGCAAAACCAGCUGCUUCGUUCUACGGUGUGUUCCUUAUUUAUGUUGGUAUCUGCUGUUAUUCCUGAAAUCUUACUGUGGUUUGUGAUUCCUGGCAACCUACCGGCAGUUCUCACUUAUGUGGUUGAGGAUGCCAGCUUCAUUGUUCAGGUCGUCAGUAUGUUCUGUUGUUUGGGCGAUUGGAAGACAGCAUUCUUUCCAGACGUAAUUCAAAAUCUUGUGUGUUGUGUUAUGUGUAGGAGGCGUGGCAAUAUAAACAUGCAGAACACUGCUGAUCACUCUGCUGAUGAAUCGGGACGAACCUACGUCCUUGAGGAAAUAACUCACUAAACAUUUUCAUUAGAUCCCGUUGCUAAUAUAUAGCACAUAAAACGUUGUAAUACUGUUUCACACGCAAGCCUCAUAUUCGUGGUGAGACUACUUGCGUCUGUAGAAAACAAAAAUCGUUUUCUAAUAACAAAAAACCACUUUGGUUCCCUUUAAUAAGCGAAAUCAAUUCAAUUUGGUGUUCUUAAUUGCUUUAUUGUGCGACACAUUUCCAAAUAAAUAUUCAAACGAA